AUGAAGCCAGCUGCCGUCCUCGUCGGCGCCUGUUUCCCCCCCCUGGCCUACGCCAACGUUGGCCUCUCGUGGAAAUUCAACGACCCGCCCCAGACGGGGCUCAAGGACGUCACGUUCCCCAUCAACAUGGCCAAGGCCAGGCACGAGACGGGCUACUACCUAGCCCAGCAGUUCAGCUUCAAGGGCAUGAAGAGGCCGGGGUACAUUGGCAUCCAGCCGCGCCCGGACAGCAAGGGCCGGAGCAUCGUCCACGCGGCCUUCUCCUCGUUCCAGGGCGGCACGGCCACCUGCCACCCCCGGUGCCGCUCCGGCGCCGACGGCGGGCGCGGCGUCAGCUGCGCCAUCGACGUCCCCGGCGACUACGCCCACACGUACAACCUCACCGUCGAGAAUGUCCGCGACAACACCACCUGGCGGGGUCUCCUGGUCGACACCGUCACCAAGAAGACGCACGAGAUCGGCGCCUGGACCCUGCCUAGCGGCGCUGGUAAGAUUCGGAGUUCCCAGGUCGGCUUUGUCGAGUACUUCCCGUGGAAUGGGCACCAGCGCAUAUGCCCGCGGCAGCCCAAGAUCGAGGCGACCUUUUACAACCCCUGGUCCAACACGGGCGGCGGUGCGGGCGUCGUCGCGGGCGUGCACGACUAUGGCGACUGCAAGGGGUCCGAGAACUUCACGUCGACCAAGGUUGUGGGUGGGUACACCGUCAACUACGGCCGGGUGUAA